GGGGGCGGCGGCAAAGGGGGCGGGACGUCCGUGUUCCUUGUCGCAGCGCCUGGCGCCCGGGAAGAGGUGCUUGUGAGGGAAAGGAGCUCGCGGCUCUCCGGCUUCCGACGCUUCAGGUCUGUCGGAGGGAGGGGGCGGCCAGCGAGAAGAAUCCGCCGCAGCCGGGCCUGGGCGACUCGCCUGCUGACCUCCGCGCGACGUAGCUAGCCGCCGCCGCUGUUGGUUAGAGCAUUUGACAUUGUGCAGCAAAGAAAUGGUUAUGGAGAAGCCCAGUCCGCUGCUUGUAGGGCGGGAAUUUGUGAGGCAAUAUUAUACUUUGCUGAAUAAAGCUCCAGAAUAUUUACACAGGUUUUAUGGCAGGAAUUCCUCCUAUGUUCACGGUGGUGUAGAUGCUAGUGGGAAGCCCCAGGAAGCGGUUUAUGGCCAGAAUGAUAUACACCACAAAGUGUUAUCUUUGAACUUCAGUGAAUGUCACACUAAGAUUCGUCAUGUGGAUGCUCAUGCAACCUUGAGUGAUGGAGUAGUUGUCCAGGUCAUGGGUUUGCUGUCUAACAGUGGACAGCCAGAGAGGAAGUUCAUGCAGACCUUUGUUCUGGCUCCUGAAGGAUCUGUUCCAAAUAAGUUUUAUGUUCACAAUGACAUGUUUCGUUAUGAAGAUGAAGUAUUUGGUGAUUCUGAACCAGAACUUGAUGAAGAAUCAGAAGAUGAAGUAGAAGAGGAACAAGAAGAAAGGCAACCAUCUCCUGAACCUGUACAAGAAAAUGCCAACAGUGGUUAUUACGAAGCUCAUCCUGUGACUAAUGGCAUAGAGGAGCCUUUAGAAGAAUCUUCUCAUGAGCCUGAGCCAGAGCCAGAAUCGGAAACGAAGACUGAGGAGCUGAAACCACAGGUGGAAGAGAAGAAUUUAGAAGAAUUAGAGGAGAAAUCUACUACUCCUCCCCCUGCGGAACCUGUUUCUCUGCCACAAGAGCCACCAAAGGCUUUCUCCUGGGCUUCAGUGACCAGUAAAAACCUGCCUCCUAGUGGUACUGUUUCUUCCUCUGGAAUUCCACCCCAUGUUAAAGCACCAGUCUCACAGCCAAGAGUUGAAGCUAAACCGGAAGUUCAAUCUCAGCCACCUCGUGUGCGCGAACAACGACCUAGGGAACGACCUGGUUUCCCUCCUAGAGGACCAAGACCAGGCAGGGGAGAUAUGGAACAGAAUGACUCUGACAACCGUAGAAUAAUUCGCUAUCCAGACAGUCAUCAACUUUUUGUUGGUAACUUACCGCAUGACAUUGAUGAAAAUGAGCUGAAAGAAUUCUUCAUGAGUUUUGGAAACGUUGUGGAACUUCGCAUCAAUACCAAAGGUGUUGGGGGAAAGCUUCCAAAUUUUGGUUUUGUGGUUUUUGAUGACUCUGAACCCGUUCAGAGAAUCUUAAUUGCAAAACCAAUUAUGUUUCGAGGGGAAGUACGUUUAAAUGUGGAAGAGAAGAAAACAAGAGCUGCAAGAGAACGAGAAACCAGAGGUGGUGGUGAUGAUCGCAGAGAUAUUAGGCGCAACGAUCGAGGUCCUGGUGGUCCACGUGGAAUAGUGGGUGGUGGAAUGAUGCGUGACCGUGAUGGAAGAGGACCUCCUCCAAGAGGUGGCAUGGCACAGAAACUUGGCUCUGGAAGAGGAACCGGGCAAAUGGAAGGCCGCUUCACAGGACAGCGCCGCUGAAGCUCCACUGUUGGCAAAGGCUUGACAGUGCUCUCUCAAGGAUUACUACACAUAUCAGAAGAAAAGGAUGAGAAAAUUGAGAUUAUCUGAAAUUAUGGAUAUUACCCAAGUUCAGAAAUUGGAGCAAAUUUAUCAAGCUCUACACGAUUAUUAAAAGAGGAGUGAUCAUUUAGUUAUGUUUCAAAUGAAAAAUAAAGGCUUAAGGCAUAUGCAGUUUCAGAACCUGAAACUUCUCAGUAGAGAAGAUAUAGAUGAACUUUCCUGGUGAUCUAUUCAUAGCACUGUGUAAGAUUUCUAUAUCCGCCUCUACAAGUGUGUGUUGGGGACUGACCAGAAAAAACUUUUCUUCAGGAGGUAAGAUUGGAAAAACAUUUUUAGGAUAAAAUGUAUAUCCCACACUGUUGAAACUAGUCCCAGAUUUUAAAGAUCAAAUUAAUAAUUGUUCCAGGAAAUUUAUAUGAUAUAAAGUAUUGGAAAAUUUUAGCCACUCAAGAUUCUUCAUUUCAGCUGUGCUUUGCAGCAGGUGAAUGAAAAAUUAGAUAGUGGUUUGAAGUUUUUCCCUUUAAGUUAGAUCAACUUGCUCAUCUUAAUUUAUAUUUUACAGAUCAGUAAAGACCCUUGAUUUGUUAAUGGCAUUCUGUGUUUUGAUCAGUUUGGAGCUAGAGUUCUAAGUUAUUUAAGAUUACUGGAUAAAGUGAACAGUUUCUUUUUGUGGUAGAUUUUGGUAGAUUUACAUAGGAAGUAGGAAGUAAUUGUAUAAAAUCAUUUUUGUUAAGUAAUUUCUGAAUGAGGGCUGGCAUUGUGCAGCAGGUUAAGCUGUCACAACACCAGUUUCCCAUGUCAGAGUGCCAGUACAAGUCCCAGCAAUUCUGUUUCCAAGCCAGCUUUCUGCUAAUGCACUUGGGAGACGGAAGGUGAUGUCUCAAGUGCAUGGGCUUCUGCCGUUCAUGGAGGCAACCUGGAUGGAGUUCCUGGCUCCUGGUUUUGACCUGGCCCAGCUCUAGCAAUUGCAACCAUUUGGGGAGUGAACCAGCAGAUGGAAGGUAUCACUCACUGUUCUGCCUUUCAAAUAAAUUUUUUUCAGUAAAGAAUUCCUAAAUAAUGAAAUAACUGGCUAUCUUGACUUAGGGAUCAUGUCUAACAUGCUUUAGGAUUACAAGUCUGUUUUUAGCAUUACCAAAUAAUGAGUAAAAUAUAUGCAGACCCAGGUUUAAACAUUGAUGGGAAGAUUACUAGCAUAGUGUUUUUAAAAAUCCUUUUAUUUGAAAGGGAGAGAGAUUGAGACAGCAUUCUUCCAUCCAAUGGUUCAUGCUUUAAAUGCACUCAAGAGCCAGGAACUUAAUCUAGGUCUCUCACAUAGGUGGAAGGGACCCAAGUGCUUGAGCCAUCCAUCACCUGCUACUCAAGCAGGUACUCACUAGGAAGCUGGAAACAGAAGCGGAGCUGGAACUUGAGCCCAGGCACUGCUAUAUGGGGUAGGUGUCCAGAGUAGCCUCUUAACUGCUGUGCCCAAUACCUGCACUUUAAAAUUUUUAAAAAAAAUUUGAGAGCUCAUAGCCACUGGUUCCCCCACCCCCACCCCCAAGAUACCCUCAGUGCCUGGGGCAGGGCUUGAACCAGGAGCCUGGAAAUCAGUCUAGGUCUCCACCUAUGUAGGGGACAGGAACCCAUUACUUGAGGCAUCACUGCUUCCUUCCAGGGUCUGCAUUAGCAGGAAGAUGGAGUCAGUAGUGAGAGCUGGAAAUGGAAUGCAGGUGCUCUGAUUUAAGGUGUAGGAGUCUCUUGUAGGCUAAAUUCCUGCUCUCUAGCCUUCUGUUAGUUACCAAAUUAACUGAUCUCUGGGAGUUUUGAUAAAGCUGUUGCAUCACUUUCAGUUUGGUGAAAAGUAGCAGACUUCUGAUCAAUUUGAAGCCAGAGUUCUAAAUUAUUUAAAAUUAACUGGAUAAAUGAACAAUCAAUUUAAAGUUAUGAAAUAGUUUUUUGAUAAACUCUAGAAGGUUCACAUGGAAGGUAAUUGUAUAAAAUCAUUUGCAGCAUUAAGUUAAAUUUCUAAAUAGUGAAGUUAUUUGGGUAACUUUAUAGUCCAAGUUACUUAGAUUCUUUUUGUUUUUUAAAGAUUAAUUUAUUGGAAAGUUAACACAGAGAAGUAUAGAGAGGUCUUCCAUCUGCUGGUACACUCUCCAAUUGGCCACAACAGCUGGAGCUGCUCCAAUCUAAAGCAAGGAGCCAGGAGCUUCCUCCUGGUCUUCCCAUGCAGGUGCAGGGGCCCAAGGACCUGGGCUAUCUUCUACUGCUUUCUCAGGUCAUAGCAGAGAGCAAGAUCAGAAGUGGUGCUGUUGGGACUGGAACCGGCAUCCAUAUGGCAUGCUGGUACUGUAGGCAGUGGCUUUACUCGCUAUGCCACAGCGCCACCCCCACCCCCCCACUUUGAUUCUUGGCACCUAUGUGGGAGACCUAGAUGGAGUUCCUGGCUUCUGGCUUCCGCCUUGCCCAGCCCCUAUUUGGGUUUCUGAACCAGCAUAUGUUUCUGUCACUCUGCCUUUCAAAUAAAUAAACUUUUAUUUUUUUAACAUUAUUUAUUUGAAAGAGUGACAGGGAGAGAAAGAUCUUACUUCUGGUGGUGGUUCACUCCCCCAGAUGGCUACAACAGCCAGAGUUGGGCUAGAUUGAAGCCAGGAGCUUCAUCCAGGACUCCUACUUGGGUGCAGGGGCCCAAAACUUGGGCCAUCCUCUGAUACUUUUCCCAGGCCAAUAGCAGGGAGCUGGAUCAGAAGUGGAGCAACUGGAACACAAACUGGUACCCAUAUGGAUCCUAGUAUUGCUUGUGUUGGCUUUUCACUCCUAUGCCACAAUGCUGGCUCCUCAAAGUUUUCAAAAAAAAUUUUUUUUUUUCAAGAUUUAUUUAUUUGAAAGAGUUACAGAGAGAUAGAGAGAGGUCUUCCAUCCACCGGCUCAUUUACCCAAUUGGCCACAACGGCGGGAGCUGCGCUGAUCUGAAGCCAGGAGCUUCCUCCGAGUCUCUCCCACACAGGUACAGGGCCCCGAGGACCCAGGCCAUAGCAGAGAGAAGGAUUAGAAGUGGAAUAGCUGGGUCCCAAACUGGCGCCCAUAUGGGAUGCUAGUGCUCCAGGCCAGGACAUUAACCCAAUGUGCCACAGCACCAGCCCCUUAAAAAUCUUUAAGCUUCCUAUUGCCCCUUCAUAUCUCCUCCCCCAAUUCCUUCUCUUCCCCAAUUUGUUCUUCAUAAAUGUUCUGUGGUUUCAUUUCAGUCAAAUACUAGCUUUCAUCUAUAUAGUAUAAAAUGGUCUAGAGCAGGCCUUUAGAAGCACACAGCUUUGGCUUGAAUGGUAGUUCCACCUUCUGUGGUGAGCCCUUUUCUGUGCUUGUUUCCUCAUUUGUACACUGGGAUAUUACAAGGGUUUUGUGAGUUAAUGUAUAAAGCAUCUAAAACAACAUAGUGGGCUCUUUGUGUUGGCUCUUAGUGUUAAUGACCCACUUGAGUUUCUGCUGUUGACCUGUGCAUUCCAAGCAUGUUUAAAGUAUCCUUUUUGGCCACAUCUCCUUGGAAGUGGUAGAUAAUUCAAAAUAAGGAAGUCCAAAAUGAUUUUUGGUCUGACUUAAGUUAUGUCUAUCUUAGCUGUCUUAAUAAUGCUCACCUCUGUUUUUCUCAUCUAUUUAUUAGCCUAAAAAUGAAUCCUCAUCUCUUCCACUCCUUUUCUAUUUGCCUGCCUCUAUUGCUUGGAUUCCAUAUUCCAGGUUGUAAGAACACUUGUUCAUAUUUUUCUGAUCACUGGCUCCUUGAAUUCAUCCUUAACUAUGGAGCUUCAAGAGUGCUGGGCACUGUUCUAGGUACUGUUAAUAAAUGAAUUAAUGUUCCCCUGCUCUUGAAACAGGUUAAAAGUGAAGCCCUAGGUGAGAGUGGAUGGGUAUAUAUUUAAGAGGGUAGCUAGGGGCUACACCAUAAUUAUUCUUGUCAACUCAAGGAAAUUGAUCUUUAUCCCCAAGAUCAAUGGGAAGCUGAAGAUUUUGACCAGUGGAUAGAUGUGGAAGGGAUGUAGUAAGUGAUUAGAUUUCUAUUUGGAAAUGUUUACAGACUAAACAACUUGAAGUUCAGUAAUAAACUAGAGAAAAUCAGGUGAAGGGAGGUUGCAGUAUUUCAGUUGGAAGCUAUGAUAGAGUAGUGGUGCUAGUAAUCUAAAUAUGACCAAUUUGCAAGUAAAAUGGCUAUGUGUUGUGAGGGAACAAGUGAUUAAAGAAUCUGGUUUUUCAACGUGUAUUGGAGAAGUAAGAUGGUAUAAAAACCUGGUGUGUAAGAACCAGAUGCCAAAGGCAGGGGAUGCAACUGAAGAAUGAGGUGAUUUAAAGAUAGAAGCAUAGUCCUGAGCAGGCAAGUUUAUCCCCUCCUGAGGCAGGAAAAAAAGAUUUCUUAGACAAAAGUGGUCCAUGGCACAUCAGAAUGCACCUGGAUUUUCUCAAGAAAUAUUAGGAUUUCAGAUGCCACAUAUCAGUGGUAUGUUGUCUUAAUGACUGGUUAUCCUAUAGGACUUGAGCUGUCAGGUUCACUUGAAGGGCUAGAUAGCCAUGGUCAUGUCAAGCUGAAUCCUUGCAGUGAGUGAUGGGAACACAAAGGAAAAAAGCCUUUAAGGAAAAAGGGCAUUAGUGCUAGGGUACCCUUGAGGGGGUUUUGUUGUGUGCUUGACCUGAAAAGCUCAGGCUACCUAGGAGUGUAAUUUGGCAUGUUGUGUGUUUGUUUCAAAAUCAAUACAUGAAGUAGUAACUUAUACAGCUUUUGCCACAAUUAAAAACCAAAUACAUACUAUGCAUUUCAUGGAAAAUUAUGAACUACCAUAUUCCAGCCCAUUGGUUGUCCCUUUAAUUACCUUAGCAUAUGUGUUUGUUUUCUCUUUUCAGAUUAUUUCUUAUUUAUAUUUUAAUGAGGACGAAUAAUAUUUGUUUAUUGAUCACCUCUAUCAGGCAUAUUGAGCUUGUUUACUCAAUAAUGGAGAAGUGAUUAUAAAUGCUAGGCAAAGCAUCAAAGUAAGAGAUACAAAGUAGCUGAGUGCAACUUUAGGUAGGUGUUAGCUGACAUUGAUUCUGCAUGCACUCCAAGCACAGGGACUGACUUGUAAAAUAUGCAAAGCCUGUAAAAUUUGCAAAGCUUUGAGGUUUACUACAGGAAACUGGGAUAGGUGGAGUAAGUUAAGGAAUACCUGUGUGGUGAAAAGUUUAAGAAGUAAAGGGCUGAGAUCAUGAAAGAUUGUAAACCAAGUUAAGAAGUUUAUUGGGAGUUUUUGCUGAUUGCCAUAGAAAGCAGUAGGAAAGUAUUAAGUAUGAGUGAUACAGCAAUGCUAUUUUGAAAAUGAGUGGUAGGACAACAAGAAAGGAAGCAGGAGAACUGAUGGGCUAAUGUAGUUCAGGACUGUUGCAUCUAAGGGAAAGAAAUAGGGGCUGUUUGACCAUUUAGAUGAGCUAAAUAUAGCUAGCUAUUUUAAAGGCAGACAGGUUCAGAAAGGAUAUGAUAGUUACUCUAGUAUUAAACAGUUUGAAAUACUGGAUUUGCAAAGUGUUGAUUUGCUUUAAAGGACUUUUAUAAAGUCAACCUCAGGACCAGUUACUUGAAUGCUGAAUACACUGGGUUUUUAUCCUGGCUUUAUUUUACAAAACUGCAAAAUCAAGCUCUAGCACUAGCAGGCCUAAAAUUAAGGAUCCCUUAAUCAGAACUGCAUUCGGGAACACAGAAUUAAGUGAUAAAGCAGAGACAAGACCUGGAACCAAGAUUACAUAUAUGUUGAAUACUGUGUCUAUGACUUUUUUAAGUUGUAAUUUUUUCUUAUGAGGUUAAAAUUUGGAGAAUCUCAAAACUGAAAACUGCCUGAUGUGGUCAGGAUAGUGGCCUUUGGAAUUCAGAAGGCAGGGGGAGGAAUGUGAGAGACAUUUCCUUGGAAGGUGAAUGGUUAUCAGGAAUAACUUAAAAGUGUUUUGAAGCAGGCACAAAUAAUACUUAGUAACAACUAUGUGUGUAAGAAGUAAGAAAGUCUUGGACAACAGUUAAUAUUUAUUAGCACAUUAUAUGUACCAGGAACCUAUCUAGGUGCUAGCUGGUGAUAACAGUAGAUACAUCCCACCCUUAGGAAACUUGUAUAUUGAGGGAGUGGCAACAAACUUCUAAGUAAUUUCAAUCCUGAUGUGUUCUGGUUAGUUCUAGUAAUAAUUCCUAUGAGAAGCAGCACCAUUUAUUUUAGAAAAGGAUUAACUCAGGCAUAGCUGGGUUAACUAGUAGAACUAGUAAUACUGAUUGGAGAUGAGGCUAUUCAGGGUGGUAAAUGAAGGAAGAUCAAUUUUUGGAGACCUGAUGAGAAGGCACCCUUGAGAAACUGGGCAAGAGCAUUCUAAGUGGAUGAACAAAUGCAGAGGCCAUGUGUUCAAAGCAAGUUGGUGUGUUCCAGGAUGCAUUAAGUAGUCAGUGUGCCGUUAGAGUAAUGCAGAUGAUGGACACCAAGAGAUAGGUAGAGUUACAUUGAGAGUAGUCUUGAGGUUUGGAUUUUAGUUGUAUAAUGGGAUUAGGUAACUGAAUAGGGAUUUGAUGUGAUCUGAAUUAGAAAGAGCUGCCAGGUGAUAUGAGUAGUUUGGAUAAAGCUUUUAACAGUGAAAAAGGUGAUAAGUACUCAAGUGAUCAGAUAUUUUCUGGAGAUAGAAGUUAAAGAGUUGUGUAUGUAUUGGAUUUUGAAUGUAUCAGAAAUAGGGCUCCCAGAGAUAUUAUGCAAUUUAGGUGGAAGGAGGUACUCAGAGAGGAGCAUAAGUGAACUAUUUUGGGGAAAUCAACACAUCUGCUGUAACCGUGUUACAUUUCAUAUGCCCAUUGGAAGUCUAAGAAGAAAUGCCAUGUAAUUAAAUAUAUAUGGUUCAGGAAUUCUGUUCUGUGAGUGGUUCAUAUAGAUUUUUGCAGUCUUUGAAUAAGAUGAGAUUAUCUAGUAAAAGAGUUUACAAAGGAAAAGACACUGCAGGCUCAACUGUGACUCCUUAAAUUCAGCAUUAAAGUACAGGAGGAGAAUGCAAAAAAACGGAGACAAAACAUGGCAAGUAUUGGUGUUGCGGAAAGCUGAAUUUCUCAGAGGGAAAAGGAUAAGCUGUUGUGUGAAAAAAAAGCUUAGAAGUCAAAAUAGCAAGUGAAGUAGUUACUUCAAGCUGUGGUAGUAAAUAGAUCCCAAGAUGUUUAAUUAAUGGCUCAGACAAUAGUUUUCUCUCCAAGUUCAAAGUAUCAGGAGAGUGGUGGUGAAGAGGCCAGCUGACUGCCCCACCCCCCGACCCCCACACACAUUUAGUCAUUUAAGGACACAUGAAGAAAGGUGCUACCAACUUCAGUAGAUACCUUCAAGAUCACACUGGAGUCAUCUGCAUAGUUGCCAUCAAAAACAGAAAAUGUGGAGGAUCUUGCGCAGGAGAUUUUUAUGGGCCAGGUAAGAACUUUUUCAGUGGAGUGAUAAGGAUGAAACUUGAAACUUGAAAGGACUGGAGGUAAGAAAUGGAAUGAGUGAACAUACCUUUUGUGUGUGUGUGUGUGUGUGUGUGUGCGCUAUGAAAACAGGAAUGGGGUAUAGGCUAGAGGGAAAUGAGUUGGGAGGAUUAUAAGAAGUAUGUUACUAGUGCAAACAGAAUAUGUACUAUUUGAGAAAUGGAUUCCCAUUUUCACAUCACUGUAGUAGAUGUAUUGGUGAUUGAGAUGUGGCACAAUAAGUGGAAUAGUAUACUUCAAGCUUUCUGGUCUAGUUGAAGCCUAAAUGAGUGGUUAAUAAUUCUGAUUAGGUGGUACAGCAAAUUAAGCCACUGGUUGUGACACCCAUAUCCCAAGUGGAGUGCUGGUUUAACUCCCAGCUACUCCCACUUCCAAUCCAGCUUCCUGCUAAUGCAUCCUGGGGGACAGCAGGUGUUGGCUCAAGUGCUUGGGUUCCUGACAUCCACAUUGGAGACCUGGAUGGAGUUCCUGGCUCCUGGCUUCAACCUGGCCCAGCCCUGGCUAAUGCAGGCACUUGGGGAGUGAACCAGCAGACAAAAGAAUGCUCUCUGACUGCGUUUCAUCUUGCAAGUAUGUGAAACUAAAUGAUGGGCUAGUGCCGUGGCUCACUAGGCUAAUCCUCCACCUGCGGCGCCGGCACCCCAGGUUCUAGUCCCGGUUGCUCCUCUUCCAGUCCAGCUCUCUGCUGUGGCCCAGGAAGGCAGUGGAGGAUAGCCCAAGUGCUUGGGCCCUGCACCCACAUGGGAGACCAGGAGGAAGUACCUGGUUCCUGGCUUCGGAUCAGCACAGUGCGCCAGCCGUGGCGGCCAUUUGGGGGGUGAGCCAAUGGAAAAGGAAGACCUUUCUCUCUCUCUCUGUCACUGUCUAACUCUGCCUGUCAAAAAUAAAUAAAUAAAUGAUGGACAUUUAAAAGAUUUAGAGGGUAGGUUUUUCCUCCUUAAUCACUUUUUAAUAAUGAAGUCAAUAAAUAAGCUAUUAGAUUGAGAACAAAAAUUUAAAAUUUAUUUAUUUGAAAGAGAGGGGGAGAGAGAGCUUCCAUCCUCUGGUUCACUCCCCAAAUGACCACAACAGCUGGGGCUGAGAUUGGGCCAGGCCGAAGCCAAGAGUUUCUUCUGGGUCUCCCACAUCGGUGGUGGGGCCCAAGCACUUGGGUCAUGUUGUGCUGCUUUCCAGGUGCGUUUGCAGGGAGCUGGAUCAGAAGUGAAACAGCUGGAACUCAAACCAGCACUCAACUGGGAUGCUGGGCAUCACACUGCCAGCCCCAAUAAAAUUAACUUCUGUGGCAAGUGUCCUGUCAAAGAACCUCAGACCUUCAAAAUGAGUCCAUUUCUUUAAUAGAAUGGUGCAUUGUAUUCAUAGUUCCAUACUCUGUGAUAUACUGAAAUGAAGAACCUUACACUGCACUAAAAAACUUAUGAUCAAUCAAGAUCUCAUGGAACCUAAGUGAGAAGCUUUGGGGGUAGAAGGGAGGGCAAGAAAAUAGCUCAAGCAUAUUGUUUUAAGAUGCCAGAGUAGGGGGUUGGCAUUGUGGUGCAGCAGGUUAAGCUGCCGCCUGCAUUGGUGGCAUUCCAUAUGAGCACUGGAGUGGAUCCUUGCUGCUCAGCUUCCAGUCCAACUCUGUUAAUGAGCCAGGGAAAGCAGUGGAAGAUGUCCCUGUCACCCAAGUGAGAGACCUGGAUGGAGUUCCAGGUUCCUGGCUUUAGCCUGGCCCAGCCCUGGCAAUUGUGGCCAUUUGGGUAGUGAACCAGCAGAUGGAGUACCUCUGUCCCUUUCUGUAACUCUUUCAAAUAAAUAAAUAAAUAUUAAAAAUAAAUAAAAGCCAAGAUAAGUAAAGAAUGACUUUUGUGAAGUCAUUUAACAUAAUGAUUGCUAAUGUGAGGAAAAGAAGGGGUCUGUUUAAGCUAAAAUACACAAAUUCAUUGGAAAGGGCUAUAUAUUUCUUAGUCCAUUUUAGUCUAAUUUUUAUUGAUAUCACCUAUAUAUGUAAUACCUCAAAUAUACAGUGUUUUUUUUUUUAAAGAUUUAUUUAUUUUUUUGAAAGAGUUACACAGAGGAGAAACAGAGAGAGAGAGAGAGAGAGAGGUCCUCCAUCUGAUGGUUCACGCCCUAGGUGGCUGCAGGUUUUUAGUAUAGUCACAAUUUUGUGCAACUAUCACCAUUAUCUUGAACAUUUUCAUAACUCCAAAAGAAACCACAUACUCAUUAGUAGUCACCCCCCCAUUCCCAUCUGCUCCCAGCCCUUGUUAAGCUCUACACUACUUUUUGUGGAUUUAUCCAUGCUGGAAACCUUAUGUAAAUAGAAACUGACUGUGUCAGGUUUCUUGCACUAAAUGCUUUCAAGAUUAAUGUAUGUUGUAGCAUGAAUCAGUACUUUGUUCUAGAGGCUAAUAUUCCACUGAAUAUACCACAUCUUAUUUAUUCCUCAGCUAAUGAACAUUUGGGUUGUUUCUACUUUUUGGCUAUAAUGAGUAAGGCUGCUAUAAACAUUUCUGUAUAAGACUUUUCAUAAACAUGUUUUCAUUUACCUUAGGUUAUGCCUAGCAGUGAAACUGCUGAGCCCUGUGCUUCUAUUUCCACCCAUGUUUCACUGCCACCUCUCAAGCUCUUCUGUCUCCGUGUCCCUCUCAUGUACUCUCACAUAGUUUUCUUUAGAUUUUAGAACAUUUGAACUUUCUCCAGUAGUUACAGUGUUCCUCUCAAUCUCUUCCCCUGUAGUCCUACCUGCAUAGUUCAUGUUAAUGAUGUCACACUAUAACCUCAGGUUUUUUUGAACUCUGUGACAUUCUCUGAUAAAUUUUGGCUACCCAAAGGUAUAUUCUAUCCUUUAGAACUGAUCAUCUUGUGCAUUUCCAAGAUUGAAAUCACAGUUGCUUUCUCUGGUAACUUCUUCCUCUUCUUUUGUACCUAUUAAACUUACUCUCUGUGCUCACCAUGACCUCCAGUCCCUCACUGCCUCUUCAUUUUCAGCUGAUUAGCUAACUGCUGUCACAGUUGAUCAUCUUAUCUAGGUGAAGCCCGUGGUAACUGGUUUUAAUGAUGCUUUCUCCAGCAUCCUGGACUGCUUUAGUCCUUUGUUGAAUCUCCUUGAACUACCAGUUAAUUCUUUGAUAAAGGUAGCUUAUAAAUCAUCUAUUUUUUUUCCAUUCUUGUCCCUGAGUUGCCAAGUCCUAUGAAACAGGGUCAGCUGGUUUCACUGUCAACUCACAGGAUACAGGCUCAAGUGGGCACAUUUUACUAUCUUGUAUUAUUCCUUUCAUAUUAAAAUAACUCUUGUCAUAAUUAUUUCAAGGAAUUUCUAUCUUCAGUUUCUUGCAUCUCAAUCUUAGAAGUACCGUUUUAUGCAAAAAAAGUUCUCUCUCUCUCUCUCUCUCUUUUUUUUUUUUUUUUUACGAUUUCUUUGACAAUUACAGAGAGAGGGAGAAAGAGAUCUUCCAUUUCCUUGCUGACUUCCCAAAUGGCUACAAUAUUUGGGGCUUGGCCAAGGCAGAAAGGAGGAGCCUAGAACUCCACUGGGGUCUCCCAUGUGGUUGUAGGGGCCCAAGUACUUGGCCCAUCCUCUGUGUUUUUCCCAGGUGCAUUAGAAGGGAGCUGGAUAGGAAAUGGAGCAGCAGGAACUUGAACUAGAGCUCAUGGGAUACUAAUAUCAUUACAGGUGGUAGCUUUACACACUGCACGAUAAUGCUGAUGCCCCCAAAAUGAAGUUUUUUUGCUGAGAAUGUCUAGGCCAACUAAUGUCUAUCUUAUGCUUUUCUCAAUUUUUCAUCUUUUCUCUAUACCUCAUCAAACCUAAGCCCUUUUCAUACUCUAUUGUCUUCUUAUUUCUACUACAUGGUAUUUCAUUAAGUCAUUUUGUUGACUAAAGCUUCUCUUCACUGGUUUUCCCUAUAAAUAUUUCUCUGUUUCACAUAAUGCUACCUGUUCUUCAACAAUCUUGUGAUAAGGGUCAUUUGGUGCAGCACCUAAGAGCCCUCCUGGGACGCCUGCCUCUGCUUCUGAUCCAACUUCCCACUAAUGCUCACCCUAGGAGGCAGCAAGUGAUGAAUCAAGUUCAUGAAUACCUGUUACCCAUAUGGAAGACCUAGAUGGAGUUCCUGGCUCCUGACUUCAUCCUGGCCCAAUCCCAGCUAUUGCAGGCAUGUGAGAAGUGAACCAGCAGAUGGAAGAUCUCUCUCUGUUGCUCUUUCAAAUAAGGCAUGAUUCCCUUCAACUUGGUCACAGCUAAAAAGAGAGCUAAUUGCUACAUGAAGACAGAUCCUAGGUCCAGGAUUUUUGGCAUGAUAGUUAAGUUGCUUGAGGCCCCCACAUUCCAUAUCACAGAAACUGGGCUGGAGUCCUGCUUGUACUCCUGAUUUAAUCUUCCUGCUAAUGCACAGGUGGGAGACAGCAGGUAAUAGCUCAAGAAGUUGGGUUCCUGCUAUUCACGCGGCAAAGCAGAAUAGAAUUCCUGGCUCAUGCUUCAGCCUGACCCAACUCCGGCUGUUGUGGGCAUCUGGGGAAUGAACCAGCAGAUUCAAGAUGGUCUCUCUGGCUUUCACAUAAAGAAGAACAACAAAAAUCUCAGAUUAACCAAAGAAUUAUACUUUUUCCAUUCCCAGGUUCCAGAUCUGGUUCUCAAUAUUAUGGGCUUAGGAAUUCGGUUUUAAUCAGUUUGAUGGAGGUAAUUAAGCAGGUUAAAGGAUUAUAAAUGGAAUGUUUAAUCAGUAAUACCUUAAUAUUGACUGGGGGUAUUAAAUGCUAUCCAGGAAACUCUCGCUCCUCAAUAUAUAGAGACAAAAUAUGAAUAUAAAAUGUUGCCAUGACUGAAUGUGAAAAUAAUUGACCACAUGGCCUCCUCACUGCCUCAAAUCCCUUGAAAAUGAGGACAGUCCUGUUUCUUGCCUGGCUUCAGCGUUGCCCAGCCGUGGAUCCAGUCGGCCCGUGUCACACACACGUUUAACUUGAAACAUCCUGAGCCCCCAUCCCACCCCGUGUGGCUGCCACGCGCAGGGCCGUGCAUGUCUUCCAGCUGCCCAACCACCCCAGCCCUUCCCCCGGCUCCACUCCAAGCGUCUCCCUCACUGUCAGGGCCCUUGGUUUCCCCUCGGCGUCAGGUCUGUCACCGCCUGCCUGCCUUACACCCAUCUCUCAGACUGUCGUCCUCAAGUCCCACCUUCCCCCUACUGGCCCUGCCGCCCCGCGAGAGAAAAGCUUCAGAAGCCUGCGAUGGCGGCCAGGCUGAAGCCCGGGGUGAGGGCGCCAGGCCGGCUCCCCUCCCCAGGCCGGCAGGGAAACUUCGCGAAACACUGCACCGCGUUCUCCACAGUUCUCCACAGGCCUCCGCGACCGCCACCUUUACCCUCUCGGGGGGAGGCAGACAUCGCCUCCCACUCCAGUUACAGUGGGCAGAAGUCUUCGCGCGCGAAGGCAGAAGGGCGCCUCCCAACCUGAGGACUUAGGUGUGCCCGGGUGGUGUAGGCGUCUGCGCCUCAGGGAGCCGAACCUGAGCCGAGCCCCAGGUGAAGGGGCGGGCUGCUGGACGACAAGCCAAUCGCGGGGCCUGACAACAGCGCUUGGCCAAUCAGAAUCGGGGAGGCUGCUGCUCUGGGGCGGGCCGGGGCGGAUGAGGGCCCGCCCCCUUGCAGCGCAGCGGCCAACGCCUCCGCCCCGGGCUAGUUGGAGCGGUGCUGGUUCGCCGACUCCAGGGGCCGGGCGCCGGCGGUGCUGACAGGCCGGGGCCCUUGCAUCCCGGGCAAUCUCUCCACAGGCCUCGGCCUCCCCGCGUGUGGCUGCCCGCCGCGGACGCGUCCCUCUCGGGGUACUGUGCCAUGGCUGGGGCCGGAGUGAGGCUGUUGCCUUGACGACAGCAUGCGGCCGGCGGCCCUGCGAGGUGUGAGCUUGCGGCCGGCGGGCCGAGGCGGCUCGGCUUCCCUGCCUGCUUCCCCCGGGGGCCGGGACUGCGUCGGCGGCGUGUGUCGCCCCGGCGCUGGGGCUGCUGGUGUGCAGGGCAGCGUCUUCUAGACCUGCGAGCGACAUGCAUUUCGCCUCAGAUGUGUUCCCAAGUUGAAAACCUUCCAUGCGAGAGGAUUUGAAGAAAGAG